AUCCAUUCCCACAGCACCAAGCAAGAGCAAAGAGCAACACAAGCCAAGGCAGCAAACGACCCGCGGCGACGCAAGAAGAGAAGCCAGCAGUCGUCUGGAUCCAUCGAUUGACAUGGCCAUGGCGGCGGCAGCGGAGGGCAAGAGCCGGAGGUUCGCGCUGGCCUGCGGGGUGCUGAGCCAGUACGUGAAGGCCGAGCAGCAGAUGGCGGCCGCCGGGGCCCCUGCCCCGCGCGCCCCGGCCACGACGCUGAGCCUCAUGCCCGGCGCGGACGUCGGCGCCGAGCAGGAGCAGGCCGCCGCGAGGGGGCAGGAGACGGCCGGGUCCGCCUCCACGGCGGCGCCGCUCACCAUCUUCUACGGCGGCAGGGUGGUCGUGUUCGACGACUUCCCGGCGGAGAAGGCGGCCGAGGUCAUGCGCCUCGCAGCUGGCGCCGAGCGCCCGGCGGCCCCGGCCCCGGCGCCGGCGCCGCGCGACGACCUGCCCAUCGCCCGGAAGGCGUCGCUGCAGCGGUUCCUGGCCAAGCGCAAGGACCGCCUCGUGGAGCGCGCCCCCUACGCCCGCCCGUCCCCAUCCGAGGAGGCGGAGAAGGCGAAGCCGGCCUCCUCGUGGCUCGGGCUCGGCGGCACGGACGCCGAGCGCCUCAACAUCGCGCUGUGAUUUGGAUCUCGCUUGCUACCCACCUGGAUCGACCGGGGGCGAUUUGAUUGGCUGGGUUCCUGGCUUCCUUUGGGUCUGCUGGAUUGGGGUUGGUGUGGAGAUCGGAGACGGAGGAUUGUAGAAACGUAUUCUUGUUUUUUUUCUCUCUCCCUUACGAGAGAGUUUGGCUGUUAAUUGAUUCGAUAAUAGAAAGAUGGAGGAUGUACAAUUCGUGUC